GGUACUUGCCUUUCAAGACUAACAGGAAAUAGUUAUAAAUGGGAUUGUGAAAUAUCAUUGUAUGGAAUAUUAUUAGAUAAUUAAACAUUGUUCAGUUGAAUUGGAUUUAAACCAGUGUUUCAAUCACUAAACUGUGUAUCUCUUAUUCACGAUUUCGUAGAUGAUAAGAAGGAUGUAUUAAGAAUUUAUUGUUUAUAAGUUUUUGAUGCAUCUUACUUUUCUAAGUAUAGGUAAAAUUAAUAUGGCUUCGAAUCUCAAUUAUUUUCUUCUAGUCUAGUUAUUAGCUUAUAAUUGCGUCGUAGAAACACUCAUAUAACGGUUUCUUUCGUUUAAGCUUUUAUGUGAAGUGCUACUCUGAUUUUUCGUUUACUAGCUCAUAAAUUUGUUGAAUGUAUUAAUGCUUUCGAGUUGUCAUAUAUUUCCAGUUUUUAUACCGAGGCUUCAAUGUCACGCAGCUGUAUAUACCAUCUUCAUUCUUCACUGCUUUCUAAACGUAUUAAUCCUGAGGAUGUUUGGCGCGUAUUUAUUGGUCGUAUCCAAGCCGAUAUGCAAGGUGUUAAAGAUGGUUUAUCUGUGUCAAAACUUGGUCUUCCUCCUACCAAUUCAAUACUGAGUAGCUUAUCUGAGAUUAUGCCAAAGAGUUCAGUUACAAAUCCAGAUACUCCCAAUUUGAUGACUUCCGUACCGGUGGUUGUAAAAGAUAAUUUAUGUGUCAAUUAUCGUAGACUACCUCUAAAAACAACAUGUGCUUCUAAAUCACUGGAAAACUUUUGUUCACCAUAUGAUGCUGCUGUUGUAUCAUCUCUUCUUCAUUCAGGAGCUUUUAUUAUCGGGAAGUCAAAUAUGGAUGAGUUCGCAAUGGGUUGUGGAUCUACAGAUAGUGCAGUUGCUGGUCCUGUUGUUAAUCCAUGGUCUGAAAAAGCAGCUAGCGAAAUUCGUCUUAUCUCGGGAGGUAGUUCUGGAGGCAGUGCUGCUGCAGUUGCUGCUGGUCUUUGCUUGGCUAGCGUUGCUUCGGAUACUGGUGGUUCAGCACGAUUACCUGCUGCUUAUUGUGGAGUUGUUGGUUUAAAGCCAACAUAUACUUUACUCUCUCGUCAUGGUCUUAUCCCAUUAGUAAACACUUUAGACGUACCUGCCAUCAUUGCACCAUCUGUCAGCGAUGUGGCUUGUGUUUUAACAAGUUGGCUAUCCCCCAUAAAUAACUUUGCACGAAUAGGUGAUGCCACAUGUUCUCAACUUCCACACUCUUUUCUGACUCGUAUGUACAAUGAAUUGCAAGCUCUUGGCAAAGGUGAUUUAGAUUCUGCUUCCAAGGACGCUCCGCUACGCAUAGGUAUCCCGUUAGAGUAUCAUGUUCCUGGUCUUCAAGAGGAGAUAUGUUCCAUGUGGGACACUGUUGCCGGUUGGUUAGCUGAUCAUUUAUCCUGUCUUGUACAGUCAGUCAGAUUACCUCAUACACCUAUGGCCACAACUGUGUAUUCAGUUUUGUGUGCGACAGAAGUAGCAUCAAACAUGGCCAGAUACGAUGGGUUAAAGUAUGGAUUUUCCACAACGAAGUUAUCCAACUAUCAUGAAGAUUCAUUACUGAAAAAUACGGUGACACAAUACUCUGCUACUCGUUCAUUAGGUUUCGGUGAUGUUGUUCAAGGCAGAAUUUUCGCUGGUAAUUUCUUUCUUCUUCGAGAUCAACAGUGUCGACAUUUAGCUGCUGCACGACGUCUAUGGCGUUUGAUCAAGGAAGAUUUCAUGAAGGUAAUGUCUAGAUUUUUGUGCUAACAAAUGUACUUCAUCGAUAUAAGAAAACCAGAAAUUCUACAUAACACCACAUGAGUUUUAGCCCAUUGUGUCACAUUAAUUAUAUAGUUAGCGCGUUAUCAAAAACACUGUUUAAUUAAUAUCAUUAUCAAUGGCUUUAUUUAAUAUUAUAUUUUCGGUACAAUAUAGAACUCUCAUCACAAAGUAUUUCAACAAGUUUCCUUUCCUUAUUUCUUGAUCGACCCUGGCGAUAAAUACUAAGUGAUCGCCAGUUCAGGAAUCGACAUCUGAAUAAUAUUCAUUUUUUAAAAUGCAUAUUGCUAAUCACCAUGAUGCCGCUGAUUAUACGUUUUUGUAACCUGUAUAGCGAAAGGUCGUAAACUUUUCAUAGACGCGCCUAAAAAAGUUAUGCGAUUAAUAGAUGUAAUGAUGUGUUAAAACAAACAAAAACAGAUAACGUGUUGAAAUAUCUAGAUGACAGAAACAGGUAGCCCAAAUUGUUGACUUUUGAUGUAGAAUAUAAUUUUUACUAUUAUUAGACUUCACAUAUAGUUAAGCUUUUUAUCGAUGUUGCUAUUUUCAGGUUUUUGAAUCAGUUGAUUUUAUAUUAACACCAGUAUCACCUAGUUUACCUAUUAGUAUAGAUGAAUUUUCCAAACUCGACAAUCGAACACGUACUACACUUGAUGAUGUAUGUACAGUAGCUGUAAAUUUGUCCGGAUUACCUGCAAUUUCAUUUCCUGUCGGUCUAUCAUCUACACGUGGAUUACCAAUUAGUUUACAAUUAAUUGGACCAUACUUUUCAGAAUGUCAACUGUUAUCACUCGCUGCUAAAUUAGAACAUCAGGCAUGUUUUCAACCUUUAAUUAAUCAUAAAUCCAUUAUUGAUUCUAUUUAAGAGUGCUUGAUUUUUUAAAUUUUUCUUAGUCUCUUUUCCCUCAUUUCUUUCGGUAAAUCAUUUGAAAUUGAAUUAUCGAGUGAAGUUGUAUAUCUCCUUCUUUUGUUUCUAUUGUUUUCUUAUGAAAAAGAAAUUAAUUGUACAAAUUUGACAUAUACUAGUUCUAAUUUUUUAGUGAUAUUACGAUGACAAUAUACUGAAUUGUUCUAUAGUUUAAUACUGUUUUUUUCUUAAUCUAUUAAUCAUUCGAAGAAAAUUAAAUAAAUUAAUUAAGUUUUCCUUGUUU